GGGGCGGUCGUGUCGUGGAGCAAGACAGCGUGUGUCGAGUGCGUGCAGGGACACCUCACACUCGCGCUCGGGACCACCGCUAGUUUCGUGUUCUGUGUCGAACCGUGGCCUGUAACGUGUAAGAGGGAAUCAGCAACAUGUCUGACUUUGAUCACUUCACCAGCAUGUCGAGUAACAGUGCAGUGGACUCCAGCCAGAAGCCAGAGGCGCCCGGAUCGAAUCGCGAUUCGCUCAACCUCGACGACUUCGAGAAGGUCGAGGCCGACCAGCUCCCUCCUGCGGCCCAGGGCUUCCAGGCGGCCGCUGGCCUCAUGGACGACCUCGUGUCGCAGGCCACCUCCGCGGCGCCCGACAGCUCUACCUUCGGCGGCGGGCUCGACUCCAGCCCCGCCUUCGACACAGGCCUUCUCUCGUCGGCCGCGCCGCCCUUCGCCAGCGACCCCUUCAAGACUAGCGACCCCUUCGCCAAGGACCCCAGCGACGCCUUCGCCUCCUUUGCCAUGUCAGCCGAGCCGCUCUCGGGAAAAGUCGAGGCGCCGUCAGCUAAAGCGCCAGCCGCCACCCAGGCUGACACAGGCCCGUCGUCAGCGCGCCACCUGCCGUCGCCUCCAUCCUGGACGACCUCCCCCCGCCGACGCAGACGGAGGCCAAGCCCGUCUCGCCCGUGCUCGGCGGCGCUGACGACGUCCUGGCCGCUGAGGCCACCAAGUUCCUGGCCUCCGAGGGCAAGGGUGCCGGGGGACCCCACAUCGAGACCCUGGCCUCCUUUGACCCCUUCGGCGCCAAGCCUCCUGCGGUGGAGGCCCUGGCCGAGCCCCUCGUGGCCCCCGAAAGCUUCGCCCCGCGCGCCCAAGCGCGAGCCCAGCCCCGAGCCCCUGGCCAAGGAGGCGCCUUUCGACCCCCUGGCCAAGGGUGAGGCGGAGCUGUUCGGCCUGAAGGCGGCCGACCCCUUCGCCGCCCCCAAGGACCCCAGCCCGGAGCCCUUCGCCAGGAGGGAGCCCAGCCCGACCCCUUCGCCAGGAGGGAGCCCACCCCGCCGCGUGAACCCACUCCUCACCCAAGGUGCCCACCCCAACCCGGGAACCCACCCGCCACCCAAGGAACCCACUCCUCCACCGAGGGAGCCCACUCCUCCACCCAAGGUGCCCACCCCAACGCCCAGAGAGCCCACCCCGCCUCCAAGGGAACCCACACCUCCACCCAGGGAACCCACACCUCCACCCAGGGAACCCACCCCGCCCCCCAAGGUGCCUACGCCCACGCCCAGGGAACCCACACCGCCCCCCCGAGAGCCAACACCUCCACCUAGGGAGCCCACUCCACCACCGAAGGUGCCCACUCCGACACCCAGGGAACCCACCCCGCCUCCCAGGGAGCCCACCCCACCGCCCAAAGUGCCCACCCCAACCCCGAAGGAGCCCACGCCCCCGAGGGAAGUGACCCCUCCUCCUCAGCUGGUGACCGUGGAGGCGUCGGCCCCGCCCGUGCAGGAGGCGCGGGUCACGGCAGGGCGCAAGUACGAGGUCUCGGCGGCGACCCGAGCCAACUUCGCAGUCUUUAACCCCCG